AUGAAAUGGAUCGACCAAAAUUUGGCUUGGAACAAAACUGAGUACGAUGGUAUUGAAAACGUGACCAUCUCUGCAGAUUACGUGUGGGUACCUUCUGUUGUCAUCCCUAACGGUAUCGACAACGUUGUACCGACAUCAGCACAACCACCAGUCAUUUACAGUGAAGGAGUUGGAAAGCUUCUAUUCCUUGAGAGUUUCAAGGCCAGUUGUCAAAUAGACAUCUCUCUGUACCCGUUUGACCAGCAGCGAUGCAGCAUACUCUUCAUGCCUGUCAAUGGUUACACAUUAGAAGUAUCUAGGUCGUCUUUUGGCAAGAGGCUACCGUCUUUCUUCAUUGAGAACAGUGAGUGGGAGUUGGUUGACAUACUUGCCAAAGUGGAAGACGUUGAAAUGACAUCAAUAACCAAUUUUGCAUCGUUUGAGUUUCUUCUGAAACGCAAGAGCAUGUUCUAUAUAGUGAGUAUCAUCUUACCCAUGACUCUUCUCUCUCUGCUCAACGCCUGUGCGUUCCUCCUACCAGAUGACUCCGGAGAGAAGAUGUCCUACCUCAUCUCCAUAUUUGUGUCAUAUGCAGUGUUCAUGAACUUCGUCAACGACUCCAUCCCCAAGUCUGGAGACGUGUGUCGACUGUCUGUGUACCUGAGCCUCGUUCUUUGCCAGAGCUGCCUGGCUAUCAUCACAACCAUGGCCACUCUCAGUAAUAUCCUCCUAUUUCAGCCAAAGACGGGUGUACAGCCUGCAGAUGUACAAGUAGAGACGAAAAGCCCUGAACGUCCGUGUGUGAAGUCUGCUCCAAACGCCCGUCGAACAGAACGCGUCUUGUUUGGGGUGUUCCUGCUUCUGGCUCUGAUGUCCCUACUGGUGUUUUGUAUGUAG